UUUCCGAGCUAUCUUCGUCCCGCCAUUCUGAAACAUGUUACAGGCGGAGGUUGACUGCCGUUUUGCGUGUAAAAAAAACAGCCUCCUCUCUCCCAAUGAUCUUCCGGCUGUGGCGCCACUAGUGCGGCGUCUUUCCCGCCGGUCGAUUCAAAUUCGUGUCGUCUGCUACAGCUGGCCGGUUCGACCACUCAGAAGAGGCGACCAUGGUGGCGGACAAAAAAGUUCUGCGCAUGCUCUUCAAAUCACGACUACAUCACCAAAUAGCAGCCGCUGUUGAUGCUGCCGCCGACAAGCAAGCCACCACCAAGCACACUGAAGAAGAACGAGACUUAACUUUUGGCCGUUGUUUGGUUGGCUAGGCGCUGAGUGCCACAUUGGCCCGAGAGGACCCUCGUUCAUGCUGAAGUUCCGUUCGCGGAGGACUCUAAGUUCCUACUCUCCGCCGUUGUUGUCGCUCUGAGCAUCGGAAUCAGUCGCUGCCACGGUCACCGUAGUCCGUCUGGAACUAUGGGCAUCAAGUCACCAGAAACGGCGCGAGCUAAUUCGACGACCAGUGCAAGACGGAGACCUGGCAACGUCCAGUCCCCGAAUACACGCAUGAAUAUCGAGAAGUAUCUCGUUCCGCAAAUCAAAGCAGAACUCUCCGAGGUGGAUUCUAAGUCAGCUUCAGAUUGUGUCAUUGCUGACGCGACAGUGACAGCCGUCGGAUCAACAUACGCAGUGGGAACAACAGUCGAGGUUUCGGUCAGUAGCAGCGUGAGCAGCAGACAGAAAGAAAAUGUCCCCGAAACUGAAACUACGACCAAAGCGCGGAAACGAGUUCGCACAACGAGAAAGAAACCAAAGGCAGUCUCUUCACCGAAAACUACGUCGUCGAAAACGACUCCGAACGCUGCCGUGCUUGACAGCAAAGAGAAGUUCAUUACCGACUAUUUCCAACCUCGACGGAGUAACCGACGGACGAAGGCGGAGGUCAUAAAAUCGAAACAACUUCUCGUGGAAGACAGAAUUAUUCGCGAAGACGAAUCAGGAUUCGAGAUCGUCAAGUAUGAAGAUAAAGGCCGUGGAGUUAUAUCGAUGGUCGACCUCAGAGCUGGCGACUUUGUCCUCGAAUACGCCGGAGACCUUAUCAAUCUCAAGGAGGCUCGGCUUCGUGAGGAGAAGUAUGCGCAAGAUCCGUCUGUAGGUUGCUACAUGUACUACUUCCAGCACGAGAACUGCAGCUACUGUGUAGAUGCGACCCUCGAGAGCACGCGACUCGGCAGACUUAUCAACCACUCUAUAAAAGGCGCGAACCUGAAAACGAGAUCCGUCAAGAUCGGUGGUAAACCGAGACUUAUAUUCCUCGCGAAGCGAGACAUAUGUUCUGGCGAGGAGCUUCUAUAUGACUACGGUGAUAGAAGUAAAGUGUCACUGCAAAGUCAUCCCUGGUUGAAGCGAUAAAGCUGUCGACCUGCCCUCUGGUUGGCACCUAUGUCCAUCCUUCCUCUUUUUC